AUUAGUGUACACCUCUUUAAGCACAAUGUACAACCAUCUAAAGCACACCUACCUCUUCCAAAGUUCAAUUUGUUCAACAAAAACAUGGCUUUCCAUUCGAGACUCCUUCUAUAUCUUCUUCAAGACUUAAACCAAUAAAACUGUACCCCCCACCCCCAACCCCCAACCCCCAAAAUUAAGGUACACCUCUUUAACAAGAAGGUACAACCAUCUAAAACACAAUUUCCCUGUUCAACCACCAUUCAUGGCUUUCAAUUCAAGAUUCCAUUUGGGGUUUCUUAUUUUCUUCAUAUUAACCCCUUUUACUAUCUCUUUCAUCCUCAGCCCAUCACCACAGCCAGAACCAAAACCAAAACCCACAGUGUAUGAUAUUCUCACAGUAUAUGGGCUGCCACGUGGCAUCUUUCCAGACACUGUGGAAUCCUAUAAUCUUGAUAAAGAUGGAAACUUUGAAGUAUUUCUGAAAGCCCCUUGUUAUGUAGAGUUUGAAUAUUUGGUUUAUUAUGCUGAAAAGAUUAGUGGGAAACUAGGUAUUGGGUCAAUUACUGAGUUGGAAGGGAUUGAAGUGAAAAGAUUCUUGUUUUGGUUUAAUGUUAAAGAAAUUAGAGUUGAUUUGCCACUUUCUGAUAAUGUUUACUUUCAGAUUGGUCUUGUUAACAAGAAGCUUGAUAUUCAUCAGUUUGAGACUAUUCAUUCUUGUAUGAAGAAUGGAUCUUUGAGACAAGUUCUACAGCUUCCAGCUCCUGUCAAUGAUAUGCAAAUGCUUAUUACCGAGUAAAUGGGAACAAAUAUGCAACUCAAGGUGAAAUUAGCACUGGAAAAAUGUACUGUUAGUUUACUUCAUUUGUUGUGACAUAUGAUCAAGAUUAAAGAUUCCACAUGUGUAUCGUUUAUUAUAAGACGAUCUUUGUAGGAUCAUUUUCUUCUAUUCAAAUUGUGAAGGACUAUAUUAAAUCAUUUCCUCGA